AUGGCAGGUGCAUUAACGCUCUUUGCGCCUGAUUGCUCGUCCUGGGGCCUACCAUGUCGAGGAACUUCCAUGCGAAGUUUCAUCAACCCAGAAGGGUUUGAAUCGUAUCAGUUUGUUGCCAAUGCAAAUUGCAUGGUGAGUCGGAUGGUCCUGUGCAUCAUGCUCAUUUUGAGCCGCUCUAGUUACUUUCUCGUGGAGCAGCCAGCCCAGUCGCUACUAUAUAUGCAUAAACGUUGGCAAUACCUGGUAAACAGAGUUGCCUGGGUAUUCCAGGUCUUCUUUUGGAUGCAGCUUCAUGGGGCAAAGAGCCCCAAGAGGUCUAUGUUCAUGGGAAAUCUCAGGACCAUGGGAAUGCUGGACAAAGGCAAGUAUGUCGACAAAACCGGACAGCAACGAUUCACUGGCCGGGCAGCUGAACUGAAAGCAUCUCAGGCCUAUCCACGUGGUCUUGGCGCGUGCAUCAGAGACUUGUACUCGGAGCAGCUGCAGGGCGGUCCUCACGGUGGCAAGAUUCGGGAGUUGCUUGAGAACAACGGGAUGCAGUUCCCUGUGGUGGAACUGCAGGUCCAGAAGUUUUCCACCAUGUCAAAGGAGACUAAGAAGGAGGGUAAGUGGGUCACGAUACUUGAUGACCGCGGCACACUUUACAAAGACUCAAACUCAGACUAG